CUUCUUUCCGCCUGUUCUGCAGCAUUCGCUCAAAGUCCAGUUCUAUUCAAUUCCUACACAAACGCAAAUUGCGCGGGCGGAAUAGUAGUUGCAACAACAGUCGUUCAACCAGGAGACUGUACGAGCUCAGCUUCGUCCUUUGCAAGCUCUCAGUACAGGGGCACCCAGUUUGACAACACUGAACAGAAUGUGGCGUUCUACAGUGACGAUAAUUGUCUCAAUGAGGUUACAGGAGUUACGGUUGAAGUAGGCGACGGCUAUAACUGCUUUACUUUCAAUGGGGGUCAGCCCAAGAGUGCAAAAUGGCUAGCAUAG